AUGGGCAAGAAAAAGUCUAGAGGUGCUGCCAAAAGCGCAAACUUGCAACAUCCUCGCAAACGUCCGCAGCGACCUCAGUUCGAAAUCAGCGGUGCAAACGCAGAACCUGUCAGAUCACGUCUUGAUCGUCUCAGGUCUAUCAAGCAAUAUGCGGAAGUUGACGAAGUGAAAGAAGACGAACGAGCCGUUGGUAGCGCCUUGCCAGAAUUCUUGGCUGGCCAUUUCAGCCAAAUCAUCGAGGACUCUUCCCAAUCAAAAGAUCUCCCUCUUCCUCCUCCGCCUCCACUAUCACCACAUCUCGGCCAUAAUUCUAUUGAGGAGCUGGAUAUUAAUCCAUCGCAAAACGUGCUAGAUCAUCAGCAAGAAGAACAGCAACACAAUGACACGGUGACCGAUGGAUGUAAAACUGGAUCUGGACCUGGAUCUGGAGAGCAAAUCGCUCAAGAAACGCUUAUGAUGAAUGCCAACGGCACUCUUCCAUCACACAGGCCUCAACAGCCUCAUGCUCACACACCACGAGACAAAGCGUCCCAUGGCAUUGACAUCGUAUCACCUUCUAACAGGCCAACGAAUGGACCAGUGCCCAGUCAUAUACAGGUAGCAAAGCCGUUUGUGUUCCAGCAGGCCAUUGAAGCAUGUCUACAUGAUCUUGGAGUGACUCAGGCUCGAGAGGAUAACAUUCGUCUUGCUGGAGUGCAGUGGAUUGACAACACUAGAAGAGCUCUCAAACUACCCAUCAAAACUUUUGACACCGCAGUUGUAUACUAUCAUAAAUUUCGUUUAUCUCACGCAGACAACGAAUACAGCUUUGUGGAAGCUGCUGCAGCUUCCCUUUUUGCGGCAUGCAAAAUCGAAGAUACAUUAAAAAAAUCUCGUGACAUUCUGUGCGCUGCUCACAAUGCGAAGAUCGGUUCGAGAGCCGACCACCUAUCUCCAGACGAUCCGCUCUUCGAACACCAGUCGCGAAACAUUAUCGGCCUCGAACGAUUAAUGCUCGAGGCCUCCAGUUUCGACUUCCGCAAUCGUCAUCCACAACCCUUGAUCGUGAAGAUAGCCAGACGCCAUGGCUUCGAGCGACACUCUGCCGUUACAAAGACCGCUUACCAGAUCAGCCUCGAUCUCUACCGCACCUUCGCACCCCUAAAACAAUCCACAUCCACCAUGGCAUUCGCAUGUCUAGAAUUAUCAUGCAGAUUACACGGGCAGGAGAAGGCAAUCAUCAUGGAUGGCAAGGACUACAUCCGUUGGGGCAUAGAUCGGUCCAUGGUCAUGGAAACCCUCCUCGAUCUCCUAGAACUCUACACAAAUUACCGCACCCAGACCACCGUCGCACCCGAAUUCGACGCCGAAACUAUCCUCAACAUACAAAUCUCCCUGCGCCACGAACUCACCUCCAACCACCUCCCACGCUUCACAAACUACAUUGACACGAAAGCCAGCACAACAACUACAGCUGGCUAUGCUGGCGCAGCAGCGCAUACCUCUACCACCACCACCACCUCUCCAUCCACAACGAAUGGCACGAAUCGCUCAGCACCACCACCGCCGCGGAUGAAUAGUCAUCUACCGCAGCUGAUGAAUGGGAGUCUGAAAGCGUCGCCCACAAGUCCGGCAAAUGCGAGCCCGGGUACACCGGGGAUAAGACAGCGAGCUGGUGAGAGAGGGAAAGAGGGUACGGUGAGGUUUAUGUUGAAUCCGGACCGGGAGAGAGCGGAGAAAGAGGUUACGAGGAUUUAUAUGCCGUUGCUGGCGAGUAUGAGGCGGUGA